AUGCCGAUAAGCAGCACCAACAGUAUCAGAAGCAAUGGAAUGUUAUCAGGAAAAAUGCAGCAGUUCCAAAUGCUGCCAGUAUAUCGAACAAAACGAUUUUGGACUGAAGCACGACCACUUAAGCAAGAUUAUCCGGAUUUUGACGAUGAUCGAGAAGGCGAAGAAUAUUAUCGUAACCAAUAUAGAACGAUAAUUAUCCCAAAUAUUUAUAAUUUUACUGUGAAAUUUACAUUUACGACUCGUCCUACCACAAUAAGAGUAGCCAGUAGAACUGAGAAAAUAAUGAUACCAAUAAUUGGCGCAAAUAAUACAAUGCAAUCAACAGUCCAAAAACCUCAAAAUGUUACUAAGAAACCGAAAGGCAGUGAAGUAAAUGCUUAA